CAAUGUCAAAAACGCAAGAAAACUUGAUUUCUGCUCCUAUGACCUUCCUGGGGGGUGUUGACGCACGCCGCUUGCACCUUUACGGACCUGCAAAACUCGAUGGACUCGAUCUCGACAAUGUGGUACUACUUCGAGAAGACGAAGUGCUGGGUGGUACGGUUGUCUUCAAAAACCUGCUAUCCGAUGGAGACAUCACAAUCGGUGGCCUCUUGAAUGGUUGCAACAUUACUAAGCUCUACAAGGAAGCAUUGUACAACAACGGUGUGAAACAGUCGGUGUACGACCGAAAGCACUUCUCCAAGCUGAAUGUCAAAGGCAACGUCCACAUUAUCGGGGACCUCAACGGAUCACCAUUUGACGCACUGGUGGGCAACCUCAUCAUGAGGAAUGUGCCACAAACGGUGGAUGGACCAGUGACCUUUUUGGACAAAGUGGUCGUCGACUCCCUGACUCUGUCUGGACCGAUCAACGGAGUCAACCUGACCGACCUACUUCACGACGCUGUCACGAAGUCAGCUGAACAGGUGGUUCGCGGAACAAAGACCUUUACGAACCAACACGGUCUGGUUGCAUCCAACUCCCUUCACGUUCGCGGCAAUGUUCAUUCGCAUGGGCCUGUGGGUGGCAUCAGCGUCGCGGAUCUCGCCAGUGUGGUCACAGCCCACGGUCGUCAUGUCAUCCAGGGCAAAAAGACCAUAGUCGGCCCCCUGACUGUCGACAACAUCGAUCUGAAAGGCGAGCAUGCAUUGUUCUGCAGUCUUUACGUUCUACUACCACUAAGAAUAGCUGCGUCAAUGCCCGUGUUAAAAGUAGGCCAGUUUGAUGUGUACGUGACGACUCCACCAACGUUGGUGUCAAGAACUACUAGGUGGGCUCCGCUAACUUUAGCAUGUCAACUGCACCUGUAUCAUUAG